AUGGAUAAACUGAUGAAGCACCAAGAGAUUACAACAAAGAAUCAGGAGGCUUCCAUGAAAAAUAUGGCGAGGCAGAUUGGACAGAUUUCUAAACAACUUGCUACUGAGAGACCUCUGAGUUCAUUACAGAGUGACACCGUUCCGAAUCCAAAAGAGGAAUGCAAAGCCAUAAAGCUGAGGAGUGGUAAGAUCUUGGUGAAAAAUGAAGAAGCAACCAAGAAGCCCAAGGAUAAUGACAAGAAGCAGGUUAAAAAAGAAGCCAAUGAUGAGGAGACUUUCAAGAAGUUGGAGAUAAAUACUCCCUUAGCUGAGGCACUAGCGCAAAUGCCCUUAUACGCCAGGUUUCUGAAGGAGCUUAUUAACAAGAAGAGAAGUUGGCAAGAGAAUGAAACUAUACUGCUCACUGAAGAAUGUAGAGCAUUAAUCCAAAAAGGACUCCCCCCUAAACUUGAAGAUCCUGGAAGCUUCCUUCUACCUUGUGCCAUUGGUAGUAUGACCAUGAACAAGGCAAUGUGUGACUUAGGGGCUAGUAUCAACCUAAUGCCUUCUUCUCUAGUGAAAAAGCUGUGCAUAGAAGAAGUGAAACCAGUACAGAUGUCUUUAGAACUGGUGGACAAGUCAGUGAUAUGCCCCAGGGGUGUGAUUGAGAACCUUCUAGUAAAAGUGGACAAAUUCAUCUUCCCAGCAGAUUUUGUGAUCUUAGAUUCAGAUGAGGAUGAGGGUGAUUCCAUUAUAUUGGGAAGACCAUUCUUGGCUACUGCUAGGGCCAUUAUAGACGUAGAGCGAAGAGAGUUAACCCUCAGAAUGCAUGAUGAAAGCAUCACCCUGAAUGUAUUUCCAGAGACACAGCUCAUUGAUGAAAAGAAAGACUGCAUGGAAACCAAGAAGGAAAACUUGCAGUGGAAGGAAGGAAUUAAUAGGACAAUCAGCAGUUACCUUCCAAAGCAAGAUAUAGAAAAUACAACAGGGGAAAAAGAGAAAGAGACUGUGCAGAACAAUGAAGAAAUUCAAGAAGACAUGGAUGUGUCAAUCAUCAAGGAGAAGAGUCCCAAAGUGAAACCUACUGAAUUAAUGUUAGAAAAUGAAUUAGAACUCAUGAGGAAGGUAUCAAUUGUGAUAGAGUACUUACUUUUGACAUUGACCCUUUAG